GCACGAGAGUCACUCUCUGCAAUUACAGAGGCUUGUCGUCGCCCCGAUGAUCGAAGUAAAAAUCUGCUUGGUCUCGCCAUAGAUGCUGCUCGUGCUCGCUGCUCUGUUGGUGAGAUUACAGAUGCUAUGGCUGUUGUAUUUGGGCGCCACCAAGCAGCGGGUAGGCUCGUGUCCGGUGCAUACCGUUCGGCUUAUGGAGAAGGAGACGAGUUCUCUCGAGCUGUUACUCUAAUUGAAGUAGGUUACAUAGUUGUAUUUAACAAUUAA